AUGAACAGCCAUUUGCUUUUUGCCCUGUGCUUAGUGACUAUUUGCGUCGCUGAAGCGGCGGUUGGCCCUCAGGAGCCCAGCGUAGGCGUGCUGCCCGAAGCCAGUGAAGUUCCAGUACAGGAGGGAGCACAGCUGAGCCAGCAUGAUGCUCCCGUGCCAGUCCCUUCUGGGAGACGCAUAGCAGGACCGAUUAUGCUGCUGACGUUGUUUGCUGUUCUUCUGUCGGGAUUUUUGGCGACUGUGGACUAUAGGGAACUUCUUUCCAGCCUGAAACAAAAAGGAGCAGGAGCUCCAGAGGAGCCUGAAGUCACGGGAGAGCCUAAAGCACCAACCAGCGGAGACCCCAAAGCCCCUGAAGUAAGAGAAAUUUACUUCCCAAUCGUGAUCCCCGCAGGAGCGGUGGGCUCGGCAAGCACGGGCAGUGCUCGUUGCGACGUUGCUUCUAGUGGAGGGCAGCAGUUGAGUGUCGGAGGAGGAAGUCCUGCACUGCACUUCUGUGACCGGCGCAUGGCGCCUUCAUGGUGGCGUUCAUUCAUUGCCUUGCUAUAUUAG